UUUUUGCCGUUACACCACAGAAGAAGAGGAGCGCUUUGUUGGAGGAAGGCUAGGACUCGCGGCUCCCAAGUUUUAGCUCGUGUUAAUUUGAUUAUCGUCACAUCCACUGCCGAGUUUUUCCAGCUGUACCGUUAGCUGCAUGGUUAUUAGCUAAUUUGCACACUAUAUAUUCUAUUCCGUUAUCUAUCUAACUACCAUCCUUUCGUUUGUUCGACCCGAGACGUUGGGCUCGGCCAGCUUGCUAACUUCCUUAGCUAACUGUUAUUGUUAGCAAGCUAGUUCUGCGCUAAUAUGUCUGGCGGAGGUGUAGUUCGUGGACCAGCAGGGAGCAACGAUUGUCGUAUAUACGUGGGGAAUCUCCCCCCUGAUAUCCGCUCAAAGGACGUCGAAGAUUUGUUUUAUAAAUAUGGAGCUAUUCGCGACAUCGAUCUGAAAAACCGAAGAGGAGGACCACCGUUCGCCUUCGUGCAGUUCGAGGACCCGAGGGAUUCUGAGGAUGCCGUCUACGGACGUGAUGGCUAUGACUACGAUGGCUACCGCUUGCGUGUUGAGUUUCCUAGAAGUGGACGAGGGGGAGGAGGCGGAGGCGGCGGCGGAGGAGGCGGGGGUGGUGGCCCCAUGGGACCCCAAAGGGGAAGGCAUGGCCCCCCCUCUCGACGAUCAGAGUACAGGGUUCUUGUGUCAGGCCUUCCAUCCAGUGGAAGCUGGCAGGACCUAAAGGAUCACAUGCGCGAGGCAGGUGAUGUAUGUUAUGCGGAUGUGUACCGCGAUGGCACCGGGGUAGUUGAGUUUGUACGCAAAGAAGACAUGUCCUACGCUGUCCGUCAGUUGGAUAACACCAAGUUUCGUUCUCAUGAGGGAGAGACCGCAUACAUUCAUGUGAAGGUGGACGGCCCCCGCAGCCCGAGCUACGGUCGUUCUCGCUCUCGUAGCCGAAGUCGCAGCCGCAGUCGUAGCCGAAGCCCAAGCCAAAGCAAGAGCGGGUCACGUCGCAGCAGAGGGUCCCCGCGCUACUCCCCUCGCCGCUCCCGCUCCCGCACCUAAAACCGCCACAGAUGGGGCAGUGGUGUGGCUCUGAGCUGGAGAGGAAAUCUUCACUCAACAAAUCCUGUAUACUCACCACGGAUCAUCCCAUGAUACCCGUUUACACUGUCUUCUUGUGUAUUCCCCUUUACCCCCCCUCCCCUCACACACACACACUUUUUUGUUGCUGUUUUCUUAUUUAGAUAUCAUUUUUGUCUGCGGACCCAUUCUUCCUUUUCCUUUUUUUCAUCAUCAGUUUUCUGAUCUGUCACUCCUGCCUAUGCUUUUCUUCUGCUUGUCCUCGUACGCUUUUUGAAGAUUUAACUUCUUUUAAAGCAUAUACUACUGUCCUUUGACCUUCUUGUGUGUCUCUCUGUAGAGUUCAGAGGAACAGGAUAGGAUGGGAACAGAGGAAACAGUUCAUAUUAAGAUAAACAGGAGGAGGAGUCAAAUAUGGCACCAAUGGUAUGAUGGCUGUGCCUUGUCAACUGUGAAAUCUGCAUUAUACGGCUGUUUUUUUGUUUUUUUUAUUACAUGCACUUGACAACUGUGCUGUUGUUGAAUGUUUUCAGUAGUAACAAGUUCUGUAUACCACUUUAUAUUUGGAGACACACAACUUUUGUUUUGUUGCUUUUGCUAGUCUUGGUCUUUUACGUCUCCAACGUAAAUAUUAGUAUUUUGGGAAUGAUUAUACCGGGUGUUCCUGUUUUCCUCGUAGAUGCAUUUAUUGACAUUUUAUUUUGGUAUAUUUCUGAAGGUGUGAUUCUAACUUGCCUCCUUCUCUUUGGUUCUGCUGGUAUUCUGAAGGUUUGGACUGGGCUCAUUGUCCCCCAUUCCGGAGCCGGAUCAGGAUUCAGGAUCAGAGCAGGAUUAGGAUUAGGCUUCAGGAUGGAUACAUGGAUCAGGAGCAUGGGAGCAUUUUACCGGGAGAUGAUCCUGACCCCUGGCCCUGGCCACAUAACCCCGUCAAACUGGAAAUAGGGAAAUAUUCAAACUAAAUUGGCUUUCAAAUAAUCCAAACAUUUUUUUUUUCUGCAUUUUGUGUGGGACCUCAGAGACACAAUUGCUGGCGGCACUGUGACAAGCGGUUUUAUUUUUAUUUUUCAAAAUUAUUAAAAAAAAAAUGAAGAGCUCAAAACCAGGAGGAGGGCUGGAAAGUGCAGGAUGGAUCCACACGCUUAAGGAGAGUGGUAAAUAGUGAGCGACCAUUAACAGCGGAAUAGGGAGGGAAGAGGGAGGACUGGGACGCGACAAGGGAAUGUGACCGUAAUGUGGUUUGUAUCUUUUUCUUAGGUCAGUCUUUUGCUGCAGAGGAUGAUUUGAUUGAUUUUCUUAAGUAUAAUCUCCAGGAUCCUAAAGCUUUAUUCUCUUUUAAUAAAAAUUUCAAUAACAGGUUA